AUGUUCCCCAGCACGCGCUCCUUGAUCGGGGCUGGCAAGCGCCUGCGGGUGCCCAUGCCCAUUCGCGCACUCUCGACCCCGAGCCAGUCGAAUGCGCCAUCUACGGAGACGACGACCACACCUCCCCAGGCCAAGCUAGAGCCCACCCCUACACCCACCGCUACCACGAAUGCUGAGCAACCAUCCGAGUUGCGUGUGAAAGAAUGGUCCGAGCGGUUAGGCGCUUUCGGUGAGCACGCUCGACUUCCACGAAGCGUCCAGGCGCUCUACCUGCGUCCCCUCCGGAGGAAGGCGGAAUACGGGCUCCCUGUAUGCGACCUCCAACUGCGAUCCUACAGCGUCCAGAACCUGGAGUUCUUUGCCGACUUCGCCAUCCGCGCCGCCUAUUAUCUCAACCUCCCUGUCUCCGGCCCCGUACCGCUCCCCCGCAUCACUGAACGCUGGACAGUGACCCGCAGCAACUUCGUCCAUAAGAAGAGCAAGGAGAACUUCGAACGGAUCACGCUCCGCCGCCUGAUCCAGAUCAAGGAUGGUAACCCACAGGCGGUCCAGGCAUGGCUGGCCUUCCUCCGGAAACACGCGUUCUACGGAGUCGGCAUGAAGGCGAACGUCUGGGAGAGUGAAAGCCUGGGUAUGAUUCCUCGCGAUGCACGUUUGCUUGAUCGGUCCGACCCGCUAACCCCCGUCACAGAUGCCGGCAAGGCGUUGGAUGCAUCUCUGUCCGACAUCCAGAAAACCGUGGGCCCACACCUCGCCCAGUUCGGUCAGAGACACGACAACACCGCCAAGGAGUCCAUUUUCGACUCGCUGGACAGCGAGCGAUUUGCCGAGCGCAAGAACCUGUAA